GCCACACAGCACACAGCACACGGGACACGGACGCGGCAACGACAACAGCACGGCAUCGGCAAACGGCAAACGGCAAACCGCAACGGCUGGCCCCAGGCAUAACAGCAGAAAAACAGCACAAAUAGUUUACAUUUGUUUGCUUUUGUUCGUUGGUUUUUUGUGAUUGUGUUUUGUUUGUUUUGUUCAUUGUAGUUUUUUUUUUUUUGUGGUGUGUGUCUGUCUGUGUCGGUGCCAUGUGCCCGUACCCGUCGUAUAUUUAUAAAGCAAUCACGAAACCUGUGCGCACAAUUGUCUCAAAAAAAGAAGAGUUCGAUUGCAAAUUUGAAUUUCUAUUCCAAUACAAAUUCUGAUUACGCUGGCGAUUCAGACUCCCACUGUGUGUGACAUGUAGCGGGAUUUUGUUUGCUCUCCUGCAAGCGUGUCUGUGUGUGCGUGCGUGUGCGUGUGUGUGUGACUGUGCCUGUGCCUAAGGCCAUCCGCUUGCCAAGGAGCGAAAGGGGUAGACCAGAGGAAUCACCAUCGGUAUCGUAAUGCAAAGACGGCGUUAUGGCACUACAAGGCUGGCGCUUUUUCGGUGUCUCGGCGACCAUCAUCAUCUACAUAGGAGGCGUCCUAUUCCUCUCCAUGAACAACAUACCCGGAUCGCAUCCAAAACGGCCGCGCAUCGAGCGCUUUGCCGAGUUUCCCAGCUUUCAUAGUCCUCGGUUUCCCAUGCCCAGCCGCAAGAUGACCAUUCGCUGGUGUCGCGAUCUGAAGUACAUGAAUCGAGAUCUUCCAAACUACACAGACUACAGAGCCGAUUUCUAUACAGCACUGCCCAGCGAUGUGAGUGCCAGCCUGCAGGCCUCGCCGAUGCUGACAGCCUUGGCCAGUUUCCCGGGCAGUGGCAACACCUGGCUCAGGUAUUUGCUGCAGCAGGCCACGGGAAUACUGACGGGCAGCAUCUACAAAGACUAUGGACUGCUCAAGACGGGCUUCCCCGCGGAGAACGUGUGCAACAGCUCAGUAUUAUUGGUAAAGACGCACGAAUGGGGCGGCAAGGCCUGGGCCCCAUUCGCCAAAGCAAUCCUCCUCGUCCGGGAUCCCGAGAAGGCGAUCAUUGCCGAGUUCAAUCGCCAGAGCGGAGGACACAUCGGCUUCGCCUCACCCGAUCGCUACAAGCGCACAAAGGAUUGGCAGCAAUUCGUGAGCAACAAGCUCAAGGGCUGGGAGCUUAUGAAUCUCAGCUGGGCGCGCAAUUUUACGGGCAGUAUUAAAGUCGUAUUUUACGACGACCUGGUGCACCACACGGAGCGUGAGCUGCGGUCCAUCCUCGACUUCCUGCAGUUCCCCGUCGACGAGACACUACUGCGGUGCGCCAUUCUGCGCAAGGAGGGCAUCUUUCGGCGAAAGAAGCGAUUGCUCUCAUUCGAUCCGUACACAGAGGCCAUGCGGGCCGAGGUUCAGGCCCGGAAACGCAUUGUCUACGGCCUGCUGGGACGCAAGGAGCACUAGAGGAGACAACUAAAGUUAUGUGAUUAUCAUCUCUAGGAUGGUUCUAAGAAAAGAUUUUGUGCAACGAGAAGAGCAAAUCAAAGCAAUGCAAAUCGUACCACCAAAUGACGCACAGACCAACCGGAAUUGCAGCACAGAUCCCCCGCCAAAGAGCCGCCUAGCCGCGCAGGCGACUGCUAUGCAACGCACCACAUCAAAUCACAACACAAAAUAAUAACAUUGGACAUAGGACCAUAGAUCUCACUGGAAUCUGGAAUAGCUAGAAUACUAAGUAGGCUUACGCCACCACCCCCAGGCAAGCAAGCAAGCCUUCCCAAAGAUCGAACCUUCCCUCCCGCACAAUCCACCCACGAACAUUGUUUUUCCAAUCGUUUGCUGCCCAGCUUAGCGCAUUAGUUUCAAUUUUUGUUGAAUUUCUAGAUAUAUGCAUUAGCUUAGGUUUAAUAUUGUAUUGUAUUGUAUUGUAUGGAUGUACGUACUUGUAGGCUAUAGAAAAUAAUCAGAUCAGAGGAUCAUUAGAUCAGAUCAGAUCGGAUCAGCUUGCGUCUGCAAAAAGGUAUUAUGAUUCCUGAACGAAUUUAUGAAAUUCAUUAUAGGCCAUGUUGUGCUUCAUUGAUUGCUCAUCACCACCCCACAAACCAGUUCAAUUUAUAAUUACACACAUUCUCAUCUCCGGUGUGCAUUCCACGGUGCCACUGAGGGGAUACCCUUGGUCAUGCUGAACGCUCGUAUUAGACUAUCCUUGUAAAAAGUUUUAUACACGAUUCUACAAAUAACUUGUGAAACAUGAACGAUUUCGAAUGUAUUAGAUAAUUGUACAAAACAAAAACCAAA